CCGCUGUCGAGCAGAAGACACUGCAUGAGCUGUUUGCGCUGACACCAAGCACGAGCACCCGUACUCUGCGGAAAGAAGAAGAAACCUUGGCCCGUACCCUGGUAGCUUGCCCAGAUGCUGCGAUCAAGUGGCCGUCGAAGGCCAUGCAGGCAAGAUGGGUGGCCAUGAGCAAUUUGCGGUAG